AUGCCUUUGUUCAAGGGGAAGAUGCGCGAGGAGGAGGACUCCGACUCGGACGAAUCCUUUCACUGUUGCGGCAGGCCAGAGGACUUGCUUGAAGAAUUCCGAUCCUCGAUGGAAAUCCCCAAACCAGACGGGAAUGAAGUACGCGUCCCUGACGAUCAAGAGUACUACCUCUAUUCGGCUGGCCUUGAACGACUCAAUUCCCCCGACAAUGGACCCAAGCGCGCCUCCUGUUCCUCAAUUCACGCCAUUCCACGCUGCUCAACGGUCUAUUCCUCCGAUUCCGACCGCACUCGGGUCGCGAGCCCUCUCCUCAUCAUCAAGACUGACGAUGUAGUCUCACCACCCUCUUCACCCGAGAUGAGGACGGUUCGAUUCCAGCCAGUCGAAGCCAGCCAGCCUUCCAAGCCCAAGAAGUCGAAAUGGAAGAUUCAAAUCGCCCGGCCCCAGAGCUUCCUCCGACUGGCUAUCAGUCCCACCGACGAUCGCCCACCAAGUCCCGAGCCUUCGACCGCCCAAGCCUCGGCCCUUGACGGUCAACCACCUUCAGCAUCGUCUCUUCGUCGACGGGGAAUGGUCUUCACCCCAAGCAACCUUCCGGAGCAAUUGAAGGAGUUGGCCGAGACUGAAGAUUUGGACGGAAGCGGUACUUGA